AUGUUUGAGUCUAGGGAUUACGUUUCGGAUUACGAGUCCGAGACCAGCAGUCGUUUCGAUGCAGGCAGUGAGAUAAGCGGAUCUGACAUACCUCCGUCCAAAGAUAAGAGCUGUGGGAAAAACCUACCAGAGCUCGUUUCCCAGCUUAUGGAGAUGCGAAAUCCAUCCUGGAUGCGGAAAACAAAAGGUGCCUACAAUUCUGUUGCUCGGCAUCGCUUAUUAAAUCUUGAUGCAUUCGAGCGCCACAAGCAGUUGGUAAAUGAUUAUUUGCAAUAUUAUGGUGGCUCGUGGGAAGAUUUUAAACGUGACACUUCAAAAGAUAAGACGGAUGUUGAUGUCAUCAAAGAGCACGGAAGAUUUUUGUGGUCGGAUCAAGAUGAACCAGUAUCGUGGUCUGAACGUCUCGCCAAGAAGUACUGGGAGAAACUGUUUAAAGAAUAUUGUCUUGUGGACUUAUCGCGCUACAAAGAAAAUAAGUUCGGAAUGAGAUGGCGACUCGAAAAAGAAGUGAUAUCUGGUAAAGGUCAGUUUGCCUGUGGAAAUGUAGCAUGUCCAGCUGGUUCUGAACGUCUUCGUAGUUGGGAAGUCAAUUUUGUCUAUCAAGAACGAGGUGAACGACGAAAUGCUUUGGUUAAGCUUCGUUUAUGUCCUGUGUGCUCUGAAAAACUGAACUAUCGAUAUCGAAGGAGAGAUGUUACUGGCAAGCGUUUAAAUUCCAAUCAAGAUGAAAACAAUGACAAAGUAACCAGUCAACAAAACGAAUCUUCGCCCACAUCAUCCAAACGUUCACGUAUUGCUAGUGAAGAUGAUAAUAAUACUGGUGGUAAGAUGGUAUCAGAAGAAAAGCCUACAGAUAUGAAUUCAGUUUGGUGUACACCAGCUCAGUCAUCAGAAGUUAUUCAAAGUUCUUCUGUUAACAGUGAUACCAGUAUACAGAGUAGUGUAAAAACUCAAGAUGAUGAAUUCGAUGAAUAUUUCGCAGAUAUGUUAAUGUAA